CCACGCGGGAUCGAGGCACAUGCGCAGCCGCCGCCAUUGUUCUUGGAUCAGUGGAAGGGGAUAUUAGUGUCAUUUUUCUGGACAUUUUUUCGUUGGAAAGGACCUAUUUUAAACCAAAAAGUGUGCCGAUUGCUUCUUUAACAACAUUUUGUGUGAUCAGACUGUGAAAAGACAUUUGUUAUCCCUUCAAGGACUCAACAUCUUAGUGUGAUGUCUGCAAGUGUAGAUCAGAGGACAAAAGGACAGCCAAAUCAAGUGUCCAAUGGUCCCAAUAAAGAUUCCGGCGUGAAAGACGAAGAGUUCGACCAAUACCUUCAACCACCCCACCAGCAGGCUGGCUACAGUACCGCACCAAUGUCAAGCCCUGGAGUUUCCGACCCCUUCCUGCCCAGUUACUACACUCCGUCGAUGUCGUUUCCGUACAUGGACCAAGGACUUGGUGCUGGACCCUGGUCAAAUGGCGGGGAUCCACCCAUGUUUUCAAUGACCAGUUAUGACUACAAUGGAAUUUUCAAUAGUUUUGGUUACCCACCUUUUGGGUGGGAUUACUCACCGGACUAUUGGGGAAAUGCAGGCCAGGGACAGAAAAAUAACCGACAAUACACUGAGGAAUAUUACCGGCCUGAUCAAAUGAUGCCAGCUGAGGCUUAUACUGGUAUGAAUGGUGAACUUGAUCGUGAUGGCGUUAAUAGUGUGGAACAGGGAUUGAAAGGAAUGAACUUGGGAGAUGGAAAGAAAAUGGAGAGUGUUGGAAAUGAUAUGGGAGUUGAACAGAAUGGUAAUGUGGGUGGUCCUCAGGGGCCUCCCAUGGUGACUGGGGGUGGGUCCCAAGCUCCAAAGAAAGCAUCUUGGGCUGCCAUUGCAAGUCAGCCAGCGCGUCCUCAGCCUCAGAUGAAACCUAGGACAAUUCCAAGAGCGCCUGUGAACCCCAACAAGCAUAACAUGGACAUAGGCACUUGGGACAAUCGAGGAAACUCUGGUAAUCGCCAGCAACAACAGCCAAGACAGGGAUUUAGUGCUCCUCGACGACAAAUGACACCUUACAAUUCUGGGAACUCAACUUCUAACAACCAAAACAACUCUGGUGGCAAUGCAGGAGGCAGUUCGUCAACCUCUGCAUCUGCAUCUGCUUCGGCAAGUGCUGCUGCUGCAGUAUCGCACCCUGUGUUGGACAGGCUGAAAUCGGUCAAUCAGUAUAAUCCCAAAGAGUAUAAUUUGAACCCCAAAGGAGCCCGCUUCUUUGUUAUCAAGAGCUAUUCGGAGGAUGAUAUUCACCGAUCGAUUAAGUACAGCAUCUGGUGUAGUACAGAACAUGGAAACAAACGACUAGAUGCUGCCAUCCGUGAGCGAGAAGGAAAGGGGCCUGUCUAUCUUCUGUAUAGCGUGAACGGUAGUGGCCAUUUCUGUGGAUUGGCUCAAAUGAUGUCGCCUGUGGAUUAUUUGAAAAAUUGUGGCGUAUGGGCUCAGGAUAAGUGGAAGGGUUCCUUUGAAGUGAAGUGGAUCUAUGUCAAGGAUGUCCCCAACAGCCAGCUGCGACACAUACGCCUGGAGAACAAUGAGAAUAAACCCGUGACAAACUCUCGGGACACUCAGGAGGUUCCACCAGAGAAAGGCAAACAAGUGUUGAAAAUCUUCCACAAUUAUAAGCACACAACAUCUAUCUUUGAUGACUUUAUUCACUAUGAGAAGCGCCAAGAAGAAGAUGUCAAGAAGUAAAUGGCGGCGUGCUGUGUCGUUCUUGGCAAAUUAUGUAAAGGAAGUAAAGUAACUCCCAAUGAGGAUUUUAAUGCCAAGCAACGAGAACUGAUGAUUUUGCCAUUGUGACACAAUUUAUCUAUUUCUGGUUAUGGAAUGGACAUUUUUCAAGGAUUUAGACAACCUAGUAAGACAUCGUCUUAGAAGACAUAAAAUUCACCUAAUACUUUACCAAUCAAUUUUAUUGUGGAUGUGUACCACAGAUAAUCCAUGAUGGAAACUGACGUCAACAGACCAAUGUAGCUUGUUGUACUGAUGCCUAGAUGGGUAAUCUCCCUUGGUAAAGGGAGGCAACCCGUCUAAGACUUGUCUUCAGAUGCUCUCUACCUGAUCGAAGGUUUUAACACUCAGCUGCCACUCUGGGUCAAGACUCAAAGCCUCAUGGUUUUACAUUAGGCUACACAAGUGGACAAGAUUGUGCCGUGAUAAUUCUUUUAAAUGUGAAAAACUUGAAAAACUCAUGAAAGACUUCAAAUCGUGAUAAAAACACUUUUCCAGUGAUACAAACUCAGAACUUCAGUGAAAAACUAAGUUGUUUUUAAAACAUUCGUGUACUGAUUGCAGCAAAACAAGUUUGGAGCAGAUGAUUUUGUGGCCAAUAUGGCAUCGUGUCUCUUCAAGCAUGGAGCAAGCGAGCGCCACUGUUGUUGCUACUGGACUUGCAGCUUGUGCCCGUGGGAUUGGUAGCAUUUUGUUUCAGUUAUCCCAAUAAAGUGUAUACUAAGCAUGUGUA